GCUACAGUCGUGGUUGUUUACUGUCACCGUUGCCUCGUCACCGACGUCGUCCGUCAUCGAACCGUGGACACGUUUCAAUAUCAACGCGCUGUCGAAAGUGGCGCGCAUCGCAUUCUACCGGUGUGGAACCCCGGCAUGAUGGGACUGCGGAUCGCUCCGGUGGCGAAGCGAGCGACGGCGACGAAACCGACAUCGGCUAACGUCAACGUGCAACGAUCCGCUGUUUCUUCUUCCCCGGUCUCCGUCAACGACUCCGUUUCUUGUGGAAAAUUUUCUGCGACAAGUGCUACGGCGACUACGACGGCGUUGAAGAAAUCGGCCCAGAGCGGCUUCCGUCGGCUGCACUCACUGUCGCCCGCUCCGUGCUCCGCGUUUGUGCUCUCGCGGUUCCCGUGCUCUCGCAUCAUCACCUUCGGCGGCAACAGCGACUCGUGCUCGUGCUUGUUCCCAGUCGCGGCGGCGGCGACGCCGGAUGUGCUACCGUCAACUUCGACGACUGUGACCAGCGGCGCGGCAGCGUGGGAUUACUACUGCAAGUCCACUCACACGGGAUACCGAGGGCCGACAGCAAGUAACGCGCUGGCCAGACGGCGGACAUGACGUCGGAAGCCGCCUGCCGGCCGCCCAGCAGUGCCUUCAAGCUGAACGCCAUCUGCGAGAAACUCGCCCGCAGCUCGGACCCGGAAGACCUGGCUGUCGCCAUGGCAGCGGGCGGAGACGACGCCUGCGCCGACGAGGCGCCCGACGACCUCUGCUCGCCGCGGGCGCCGCCCCCUCCUCUCCGGGACCCGGCCGAAGAGGACGACCUCGACGACGAGAGGCCGCAAGCUGCCUUGAACGGGGUCUUAACGGACGACAACUCGGACGACAACGAAGCGGACGACGACGUUCCGCAGGAACCUUCCUUGGUCGCCGUCAGCACAGCCGCCUCCUCGAUGCCCACGGGCGCCGCCUUCAGCGAAGUGCCUUGUCCCUGGCCGGACACUGAGAGUGCCUUGGACGGACGCAUGCGCAACAAGAGGAAGAACUUCCAGCCAAAGAACAUCGCCGCCGCCGUGUUCGCCGACUCGGACGAAGAAGAGGAGGAGGACGACGACGACGAAGGAUGAGCGGGAGGACGCCGAGCAAAGGCGCGCAGCACCCUCCCCGCCCCCGCUGAUGCUGCCCUCGGCGCCGGACGCCGCUCAAGACGGUGACGACGAAGACGACGACGGCGUCCUGUCGCCAUCGGCGUGCUUCAAGGAAGCCGCCGCGUCCUCAGUGACGACGCCUCCUCCGCCAGUACCGACGACAUGUUCGGAAGGCGUCGUUUCUGGUGCAGUUCGCGAGGAGGGACCCCUGGACCUAAGUGACUGUGGCUCGAUGCGCCGAAAGUUGCAGCAGCCCGUCAAACGGGUGCUGUUCAACAGUAGCGCGGUGUCCGCGGAAGGCGGAGGCCUGGCGUUGCCGAGGCUCUCCAGCUUUGCAGAGGCCGUUGUGGACCUCAGUGGCGGGAGUGGUAGCGGUGGUGGUGGGGGUCGCAGGAGCGAGGACGACGACGAUGACGUGCCGACUUCCGCCGCGGAAGACGGCAGGUCGUCAUUGCCGUCUCCUCUGCGGCUGCAGGCGCCCUGUAACGAACCCCCUGUGACCGCGGCCCGGUGGUUCGUCGCCUUUUAUCGGCGGCUCGCGGCAGCAUCACCUACAUCAUCACCAUCACCAUCACCAUCCGCACCAGCAGUUACCGCCUCAUCAGCAUCAACAACAAUCGCACCCACCGCAGCCGCAGCCGCAGCAACAUCAGCCACCUCCAGUUCAACACCAGCAGCACCGAGCCGCUGACGCUAGCCUUAUGAAGGACUACGCGGAAAACACGAUGAAGGAACUGCUGAGCAUGUACGGACUGCACGAUGUGGUCGAGUCUAUAACGAAGCACGUGCCUCUGCAUCACUUCUCCUCCGGCAAAAUCCUGGAGAGCAUGUCUCCAGGAGCGCUGCUAGGCACGCAAGCUUUUCUGCAAAACAUCGAAGCCGUCGCCAGAGCCAAAGAGCAGGCAGCUGCCGCUGCGGCAGCCGCCGCUGGUGCCAACAGCCAGCAACAGCAGCAGCAGUCCGCAGGAACGGGCACAACGGUAGGAACUGGCGGUCCACCCGUGCUCGUCUCCUGCCUCGGCUCGACGGCACACGGUCCCGGAGGGGCUCUGUCGGCGCCACCCCUGAGCCCGGCCUCUUCGAGCUGCGGCAGCACGGGUGCCUCCCUGACCGACGCCACCACAGCAGUGUCGGGCCGCGGCGCGCUGCCUCCGCGGUUAUCGCCCGCGCCGGCGGCCCCGUGCUCCGCCGACGUCCUGGCGAACAAGGGCACCGCGGCCUCCGGAUCCAUUCCCGGAGACGUGGCCAACAAGGCGCUGCAAAUGGCUGGCGCCGCGGCCCAGUCGCUACUUGGUAGUCACGCGCAGGGGAUGCUUCCUCAGGACAUGGCGACCACUCUAUUGACGCUGGCCACCCUGGGUGGCAAGAUGGCGCCCGAGGCGCUGAACAACACCCUCGCCGCUGGCGGCGUUCUGGCCAACGCUCCCGUCUCGUCGUCGUCUUCCAGCGGCGGCGGAAGCAGUCCGCUCGCAGCCGUACCCACCAUGAGCCAUGCGGCCGGUCUUAUGAGUACCAACCUGGCAAACUGCCUUUCAGUGAAACUGGACCAGCCCAAGGUUCCGCCCAUCGACUACUCCCGCUACGUACGAAGGUACUCCAGCGCUACUCAGUGUGGCAGCAAUUACUGCAAGGACCUCAACUACCGAGAACACUUCCACUGCUUGGACUGCAACUCCAGGGUCUUUGUGAAGAAGGAGGAGAUGAUCCGCCACUUCAAGUGGCACAAAAAGCGAGACGAGUCCCUGCAGCACGGAUUUUUGCGCUACAGUCCCAUGGACGACUGCUCGGAGAAGUUCCCCAACUGCGCCCACAACAGGAAGCAGACGCAUUAUCAUUGUCUAAAGGAUAACUGUGACAAGGUGUAUAUCAGCACAUCGGACGUUCAAAUGCACGCGAACUACCAUCGUAAGGAUUCAGCAAUCAUUCAAGAAGGCUUCCAGAGGUUCCGUGCAACUGAGGAUUGUAACACGCCGACGUGCCUCUUCUACGGGCAGAGGACCACGCACUUUCAUUGCCGCCGACCAGGCUGCAAGACCACCUUCAAGAACAAGGCUGAUAUCGAGAAGCACAAGACGUACCACAUCAAAGACGAGCAGUUGAACAAGGACGGCUUCAAGAAGUUCAUGAAACACGAGCACUGCUCGUACGAGAACUGCAGGUUCUCGCGCAUCUGCAACCACAUCCACUGCAUCCGGCCGGGGUGCAGCUACGUGCUGCAUUCCAGCGGGCAGCUGUACUCCCACAAGCGCAAACACGAGCGCCAGGACACCGAGAUGGCCUACCGCAAGUUCAAGCUGGCCCAGAGUAUGCUCAAGAGCUACGGGCAGCCCGGCGACCUACCUCCCGGAAUCACCGCCGAACAGCUGGCCCUGUGCGAGCAGAGCUUGAGUAGCUCGCCCGUGCAGAGCAUGUUCCCUGGCGGCAUACCUUCCGGAACGUCGCCGCUUCAGCAGGGUGCCAACGUCGGCACCGCUACGCCCGUGACGACAGCGUCUGGAGGAGUAGGAAGCCUGGGCCCCGUCGCGGACCCCAAGGGUCUCGUCGGCAACCACCACCACCAGCAGCAGCAACAGCAGCCGCAACAGCAGGCGCUGUCUUUCGACGGCAGCAAGCAGCUCGGCACCAUGGGCCUUAGCAGUAACGGCGGUAGCGGCUCGGCACCGCAGCCCUGCGCGUCCGACGCGAGCCAACAGCCCAAAGCGCACAACAUGCUUGACCCGGCGUUCUUGUCGGCGUUCCUGCCCAAUGCCUCGGGCGUGGGCGCCGCCAUGCACCCGGGUCUGGCGUUCAACUUUGCGACCAGUCAGGGCUUUGGCAGCAGCGCGAAAGAGGACGAGGGCUGCGCGCCGCCGAGCAACGGUCAGCGGGCGCUCGACGCCGCCAGAGAUGCGGGAAAAGUGGAGGAGACCUGGCAGCGGUACAUGGUCAGGUACUCGCCAACGGACCUAUGCCGACCCGAAUGCGAGUUUAUCUACCGCGAGCAUUAUCACUGCACCACCGACAACUGUUCCAUGGUUUUUCCUGGAAAAGAUAUUGGAGGAGUCCAAGAACAUGCAAAAAAUCACGAGCAUCAGGAUCAGAUCACACAGUGCUUCUACCACACCGUGGGAAAGAGCAUUGAUGGAGAAUGCCCACCUGAUUGCCCCUUCACAUUAAAGGAAAAGCACUACCAUUGCCAAUGGGAUGGUUGCAGGGACAUUGUGAGCAGUACUGACAAGCCCUUUCGGCGGCUGGACCACUACAAGAUGCACGAGUACACGACCAAGUUGAGCAUGUCCAGGGACCAUUUCAGUGCCAUCCCGUCAGUGCCCAUAGACGGAGUCUUCAGGCGCAAGCGGGGACGGCCACCAAAGAACCGAAUGAUUGAGUUCCCACUCGGCCCCACUUCACCCCACCUGUCACAAGCCAUCUACGCGAGCUUCAAGCUUCCCAAGCCUGGAUCUAGUCAAAGUAUACCGACUCUCUUUCCAACGUUCCAAGGACCGGGAGGCACCGGUGGACUCCUUGGCAUGCCCGGUCCAUCCAGCAUGCCUCGCAUUCCACUGGGCUCCGGCGGGAUGGACUUCACAGUUGAGAACCAACAGGCACUGCAGUUCCUGCAGCAGCAUCAACACAUCCAGGAGAAGUUGUUGGAGCAGCAGGAAAAGCACUCUGCCGAACAGGCUGCUUUGAUGGCAGUCAAAGCAGAACCGAAGGAGUCGUCGGAGCCAGAGACUACGGCACCUCGCACCACACCCACGCCGUCGCAGCCGACGACAAAUCCUGACGUACACGAGGGCUUCUUCAUCUUCCCGGAGAACAGCGUAUGUCCGGACAGUCUGUGCGCCUUCCUGGGUCAGCGGCACUUCCAUUGCGUCCAGGCACGGUGUCACUACGUGACCGACCGGGAAGACAUCCUUGUGCUGCAUUCCAAAGACUUCCAUGACAACAUCGACAUCAUCGAGGGAUUCGUCUUCUACGACCGAAGCGUCGACUGCCGACUGCCCGGUUGCCACAGCAACAAGGUCAACAGGCACUUCCACUGCACGCGACCCAACUGCAACUACUCCUUCGUUCGCUACUCGACCAUGAGUCUACAUGAACAGAAGCACAGCAGUCCCCAGCAGCACACGCAACAGCAGCCCAACAGCUCACCCUUGCCGGAGGAAGAGGACGAAGGGCCCUCACCUCCGAAGAAGAGGUCCUGCUCCAGCGACGACGACCGUACCGCUAGUCCCGCCGCUAGUGACAGCUCCCAGAAGACGGUUGUCAAGUCGGCCGGAACCUUCUACCCGCUCUCUGCUUUCACGAAUAGCGGCGGCAACGGCAACAACAGCGGCGUAGGCAAGACGGGCAAUGACAACGGCAACCACAACGAGGACGAAGAGGCGGAGAAGGAAAGGCUGCGUACGAGUCCGGCUUCUAGCACGGCCUCUUCGCUGCCUGAUACGGACCAGCAACCGCUCAUGAAACUCCUGAUGAAGCCGACCAUGAGCAGCAUCCCGGUGUCCAACAUAAUCCCGGGUAUGGAAAGGCACAUCAUGUUCAGCGAGUGUCAGAACUGCGGGAGACCCUUUUGCAAGAAGAAGAAGCGAGACCACUUUCAUUGCAACAUAUGUAAUCAGGCUUUCUCGAGCUUCUCUCGGCUUCGACUCCACGUGGGAAAGCAUUCGGGUGCACCAAGUCCCGUACCCGUGUACCCCGACGGACGCACGACACCUUUGUCCGGGCAAUCUUCGCCGGUAUCCUCAACGGCGCAGGGAGACUCGGACGCCGAUGAAGAGCAAGAGACGUCGGCACCUGGGCGCACUGAUUCUCCUUCAUCGAAGAGGUCGUCGCCCGACCCGAGGCCCCAGGGACCCCCUCCACUAAUUCCUCAGGGCUACCAACCUCCAACGAGCACCACAUCGAACAGCAACAACGAGGAUCAGCAGCAGCAACACGCUUUCUUCAACACACCUCCCAAGCUGAGCCUCCAGAACAUACAGAACAUGCAGAACAUGCAGCACAUGUUCUGGCCGCCCGUCUCGUCGCCCGGAAUGAUACCGGGAAUGGCGCCCCUAAACCCGGCCUUGCUGGGCCUGGGAGACAUGGCGGGCCAUCCCAACAUCGACCUGCAGCACCUAGCGCUCAUGUGCCCCUCGGGCGACAUGUUCUACAACUCGGCCAACCAGAUGAACGCAGCCGCGGCUGCCGCCGCCGCUGCCGCAGCGGCCGCCGCGGCGUCCGACCAGAAGCGGCCCCUGUUCGGCAACUGCAAGGGCGAAGAACCGCUCACCAUGGUGAGCGAGGCGAAGCGCAUGAAGAUGCCCAGCCUACGCAUCCUCAAGGACGAGCCGGUGCCCGAGGGCUACGUGCGCUUCCGCUUCAACGAGGACUGCGGCUACCGGCACUGCGGGUAUCGCGAGCACCAGACGCACUUCCACUGCACUCGCAAGGACUGCGGCUACAGCUUCUGCGACAAGACGCGCUUCGUGCAGCACACGGCGCGACACGAGCGUCUAGACACGCUCAUGGGCGGCGACUUCCGCCAGUUCCGCGCCAACGUGCACUGCGGCCGCGCCGACUGCCCGCACGCCGCGAGCCAGGCGGCGGCCAACGGACCUGGCGGCGUGGGCGGCGGCAGUAACAAGGCGUCACACUUCCAUUGCCUCAAGUGCGACUUCGUAUGCACGGAUACCAACAAGGUGGUUGCGCACCGCAGGCAGCACGCCAAGCUGGACAGCAUCAACGCUGCGGGCUUCGAGAAGUACACGCCCUCGCAGAACUGCGGCGUCGACAGCUGCAACUACAACGCGAAGCAGACGCACUACCACUGCCUCAAGUGCCAAUACGCGGUGCUGGGCCUGUCGCAGAUGUCUUCGCACAAGUACCGCCACAUGGACUGAUUGACUGAUGGCGCUUACGGGCGCAGCGGUGUGCGUUGCGGCGUCCGUGACGCGCUGCGCGAGCCGGUCACGUGUACUCGGCACUUUUGUGGUGGUGGCUGAGAAGACUGUCGUUUGUAUCUCUUCUACCCAGUUGCGUGUGUGAUUGGGCGCGCGGGUCUUGAAUGGCACCUCCAAACCGCGCGCGAAGGACGAGCAUUCUUUUUUUUUUUUUUUUGUCGCAAAGGACUAUAAGAGCCUCAUGUGUUGAGAAUGCCAAGCAUUCUGACUUAAUAGUGGACACCUGUUCCCUGGGCCUGUUUUUGUUCUUCCUUCCAAUGUUUCUUUCGCGUGUAGUGCAUCAAAAUGUGUUCUGGUGUCAUUCAACCAGGAUGGCUUCGUGGCAUCACAUUUGCAUUUGUUUUUCUUUUGUUUUUGAGACCUUACGUCACACGGUUAUGUGUCACAAUACAGUCGAGGUCUUGGUCGAGUGUAUAUUUAAGCGUUCAACCCAUACGGUGAGCGAGCAAGAACAAAUGGACAACGUGGGCUGCGGUGUCUGUGACGUAGUGAACAACGUGUGCAAUGCUUGGAUUGUCGAGCCUCUCUUCAUUGUAAUUUCCUUUUAUAUAUUUCUUCCACUCGGCGACACGGUGGAUGUCUAGGCCCUCGGCCCCGUUUGGUCGUGAGGUUAUUGUAUGCUGUUUACAGACUGCACAGCACGUAUAUAUAUUAUAUGUCAUGCAGUAUAAUUGAAAUAAGAUUAUGCACUACAACAGAAGCAGUAAUUUUGUACAUUGCCAUCCCCCCCUUCCUUUUUUUUUUUCGCAAGAGAAACUGUACGUACGUAUGCACUACCUACAAAACAGCUUUGUAGGUUUCCCGGUGCUUGAAUAUCAGCGCUGCUGGUCGUCAGUACACACACACAAAAACACAAUUUCUUUAUUACUCUUGCACAUACCUGUAGGGCAACUAGCGCGGUGCGAGCGUUAUUCUGUAGCUACAUGCGAGUGGUGACGUGGUUUAUAUUUCCAAUUUACUGAUGCCUUUCACCGAAUUUCACUAUCGUUCUAAGCUUUAUUUCUAAAUGCGAAACAUCACUACCUGUGCGCGGCAUUAAAACCAUGACGUGUCACGCCAAUGGGCGCCGUUACUCUGAAUUUUCGCCCCCUCGCGAGAACUUGAAAAUCGUGUCAUUUACUUAUACAGUUGUUAUGGGGAAGGCUUCUUUUGUGUGUCAUUCCAAGACAUCUCGCCUUUUUAUUUUAUUUUAACUUCUUCAUAUGAAGUAGGUAUAUUCCUGAAAUGAAUCGCCCGCUAAGCUUUUAACAAUAGAGACUCUAUGCAAGCGGACAAUGAUCGGGGCAGUGUGCAGUGGGAAAAGAAAGAUCACGCAGUGGCACUUGAAACGGUCGUUCGUUCGCUCACAUGUCCGGUAAAGUUGGUAUUUGAGUUAUGCAGUUCAGGUUAAGAAAAGCUGUAGACAUGCUGACGUGGCGAUGGACGUGAAAGGCAGCUGCAUACUUCGGUGAUGGCUCAGGUUGUAGUUAUGUAAUGUGAAAGGCAAAACGUGUCAGAGCAGUGGUACAUGCACCGAUGUAUAUGUGUACAAAUCAUGUCACGGCGAAGCUAAACACCGAAAGCGUGGGCAGCUUUAGUUUGUGAAAGAACGGCAAAAAGUGUAGAAGAGAAAGACGCCUCCCAGAGGUAGCUGAGGUUGCAUUUAUAGUAAGUACAUCGUGUGGUUUCAGGAAAAACCGUACGGUGGUAUCUGCACUCGUUUUCCAGUUCAUUUGGUCAGUCUGUUUGGUAUACACGAAAAAAAAAAAACAUACAAGAUAUACUCUGUAGGCGUUGAAACACACUUUCACUUAGCAUUUGUGUUUCGGUGUCCCAAAAGCAGCACUGUCGUAUGUGAAUGAGACUGUGCACUCUCGUAAAGAUUUGUAAAACAUCAUGUAGUACGUGGUCGGUUAACUGUAUUUAACUCAAAUUUUAAAUAUCAGCUCGUCUGCUUGCCUGUUUACCGUUGCAGGUCAACGUGACUCACUGCAACUGGCGCACUGUCAUCGCAUAAAAUUCAUUUGUAGCUCAUGAUUUCUUUUUAUUUUCUCUUUUUUUUUGUUAAUGUCAUCGGAAUGCGAUUUCUGGAACAACUUACAGCCUCCCAACGCUGCGUAAAUGUGCUAACAUAUAAGAGGAGAUAUAAAGGUGGCAUUUCGGCAUGCCGUCGGCAAUAUGAAUGCCUUUAUUUUGACAUCUUUUUUUUUUUCGAAUGAAUCUUCGCUUCGUUUUCACGGCAUCUAAUUUUGAGCGCCCUUAAUUUUUUAUUCACUGGUGAAUCGUUCGCGCGCUUGUUGCUCUCUUGCUUCGGUUUUGUUGCUGUACUAGCAUGCUGCAGCGAAUGUUCGCUCGAUGAUGAAAAUUUUCCGGUGAUCGCGUCUCCGAGGCGUUGCAGUGUACGACACAGCAACACUUGGCCGUAUGACAGAGCAUUUCAGCCAAUGGCGAUAAAUUAUACGCCCUCUCCCCUCCCUCCCCCUGUUCGUGUACAUAAUUCAUGCUUAUUUUGUGGUUUCUUUUUUGUUCUUUUUCAAGAGAAAGCUGAAACUCGUGGACAACUCUUAAAUUUAAAAAAAUCCAAAUACACGCGAAGCGCAUGAAUGGCUCUCGUUUUACAACGGGCGAGUUAUUAUUAUUAUUUAAUUUGGUGGAUAGAACAAAAUUGUAUUAUUAAUCGGUAGCAACAUCAGUAGUUGACCUGUAUGUCUUUAUUUAUUUCGAAUUUAAUUUUUUUAUUUACUUAAGCAACCGGUUGCAACUAGUUGACACCGCAAGACGGCACGUGUUGCAAUCCUGUACAUCGCAUUUGUUUGAUCGAUAUACAGAAACGCUGCCUGAUAUCGCAAAGUGUCGAAAGGAACAUCCCAACAAGAAACUUGUUAGCUUCACAAUUGUACAACAGAAAAUGUACUGCAUUAACAUUGCCUACUCCUAUUAGAUGGACGAACCUGGCACAUCAUUUUACAAAGAACGCAAAGUCGUCACUUCGAGUACGUUUGUUUUGCAAAACUCCUUUUUCACCAAUUUCACGUUCAUUUACAGGCAAUGCGUAGACCAUCGGUGUUGCCUGCCUUAGACACUGUAACGAAUACAUACAGCAGAAUUGAGAUGUGUGUUAUCACUGCAGAUUUACUGACCUGUAUGCUUUAAUUCAUUGUACUUUUCGAGUUUUCCAACGGCAUCGAGUGUUUCAGCCUCGAAACUGCUCUCAAAAUUUGCGAACUCUUUGGCUGUUUAAGCUGAAGACACUUCGUUUAAAUCGACUCAGCUCGUGUAUAACGGCAGUAUUCGCGGGUUUCGUGGCUUUUUGAAAUAGGGUGUCGUCCAAGUUUGCAGCUUUUCUCUUUACGCCUGCUGUCUCCAUUUCUUUUCUUUUUUUUCUUUUUUUUGGUCUCAUACCUCUGGACGCUGAGGCGUCGAGGAUGAGGAGAAGUAGGACUGCGUGUUGGGUGAAAUAUAAUCAACCCGGUGAGACUUGUGAGCCUGAACCGCUGCAGGGGCAGAUUACCGCGCGUGUACGCGUUAAUGAAACACGUCUUCCCGCCGAAUGUACAGAAAGAGCGCGACUGGCUGGCCUUGGCGUCUGUAAACACGAGAGGCUAUAGACGACCUAAACUCUAUAUCGUCUUUCCUUCUUCGGGGUGUCCCUUUAAUUUUUUUUUCCCCCGAGCUACCGAGACAGGAAAGACGGAGAGAGAGGUAAAAACCAGCAUUAUUUUUCUAGGGGGAGAUUAACGGCCUGUCGCAGCACGGGAACUAAUUCUGCGCCCAUUUCUCUUUUCACUUCCUUGAUUUUUGUUUUCUUUAUUCUUGAAGCUUGUACAUACCAUGAAUAACAGCAGGCGCAGCGCACGCGUUGCGACCUACAGCGGUCAAAUGAGCUAUGCAUAAUACUUGCCCCUUCUCCCCCUAACCGCCCUUUAUUGGAUUUCAGUGUCGUGGGAUAGCCCAUGCCACGCGUUAGUUCUUUUUUUAUGUUUCCUUAGGUUCCUUCAGCGUACUUUAUCGUUACCAUGAUUUGGUAGCGGACAUUAUUUCUUGUUCCCUUCCUAUUUUGUUCCUGUACGAUAUACUUAACCGAACAGCUCCUGUGCCCAAAUUUUCUUUUCUAUCAUUUUUUUUUACUUUUCCCUACAGCGACGGGCUUCCGCGUUGCUGACUUUCGGGCAGGUCGGAAAAUCAUUCAUCUGUUGUCAAAUGAUGUGGUUGCACUCGGCAGUAAUAAGGGGAAUUUACUCUUGGAGCGAAUUUAACAUGUGCUCAAGGCAAAACUUACCUAUGUGAACAUCUGUCCAAAAAUAAAUUGGAUCUACGUGUCCAGUGCAUUUGCCCAAUUUGUAAGCCUUUGCCCCAUUUUUAGCAACCAGUAUCAAUUUAUGUGUAACUUUCAUGCAAACAAAAGUUAACUUACGCCGCUAAAUAUCUUCAUUGUCUUCUGUAUUUUCGCUGAAUUUCACAUCUGUGUUCUUAUGUAACACUGUGGCACGCGGAAGCCCCAUCACUGCACUACGAUGUGUCCCGGUUAGCAUCUCGCAACCAACGCUUUGACCAAAUGUUCAGUACACGCUGCCGCAGUAGCUGUUCCUCUCGCAUUGUUCACUUUUUUUGUGUGUGUGUCUUGAGUUCGCACGUGUCGACUAGUAUGUCUCAAGGCAGAGAGAGGCGAACUUAUUUAAGCUGCUUUCCAAAGGCCUUUAGUGUGUUCUUUUUUUUUUUCGUACUUUUGUUCUCUCAUCUUCGCUUUCUUUCGAGUUGUCUUUAUGUUUUCCCUUCUUCUCGUCUUGCACAAAUGUUAUUUAAUAUCGAGACUGUUCAGCAUGUGUGCCUCUUGUACAUAGAGGGAUGUGAUCACGAUUUUUAAUAGUGCUGUGUGUGCCUUACAUUUGAGAUCCCCAAAUUUCCCCCCUUAUCCUGUCUCCCAUUUCCGCAAAAUAAAGGAUGUGAUAGAAACAUACAA